UUUACCGGUUUUACCCAAAUGGACGAAAGUAUAAAAGUGUUCUAAAAAUUAAACGGCACAUACACAUAUACGCGCGCGCUUAUCUGAAUACAGUCGAUCAAUUAUGUUAAAAAGCACGAUCGUAAGACAUGCCUGACAUCCGAUCAUUUUUCAUCGGAACAGCAAUGUUAGCAGACUUUCUCACUGUAAGAAAGAUGUUAUUUUAAAAAGUUGUGUAUAAUCAUACAGUGAAAUUUUCCAAAAUAUGUCAAACGUGUCUUUCUGUAUUAUCUUCUCAUUAUUAAUCGUAGGCGUAUUUCCUUUUGCUUUUAAUCAUAAUGUUACAUUGUCAGAGGAACAGCUUGUGUAUAAACAUUUAGUCACCGCAACGCUAUAUAUUAUAGUAAAAUGUCGACCAUUGGACGCCGAAAUGACUUUAGUGCUGGGCGGAGAUUACAAAGAAUUUAUUAUACGAGCAUUUUUCAAUAUGGUACCCGUAGCGCUGAUAAAUGUAACAAAUCCUCGAUUUAAUGCCCUUGAGAAAUUUGCUCUCACAAAAUACUCCUUUUUAAUGCUCGAGAAUUCCAAUUUCAUCCAUUUCCUUCGAAAGGCGCAUCGUUUCGUGCUGGUGUCAUCUUCUCAACCGCUCCUGCGAUCUUUAUUACAGAGAGCAAAGGACUCGCCAUGGGCAAAUCCGGAAGGAUUUUAUAUCCUAAUCGAUAAGCAGACCGAGACUCGGGGCUGUAUAAAUGCUCGCUCAUAUCUCUGGACAGCUUGGGAAUAUGACUUACUCUCAGUUAUAUUCAUAUGCAUCGAUCCGAACGAUGGAAUUGUUUAUUACACGUAUAGUCCGUAUUCGAACAGUACGCCGGACAACUGGUACGAAGUAGGACACGCCAAAGGACGAAAUGGUCAUCCUUGGAUAAUAUUGAAGAGAAAAUUUAUAUUCGAUAGCAAUACGUGCAUAGAUCUGGAUUUCGAUAAAACGACCACUUUGGAUGGUUACGAGAUUCGAUUAAACGCCGUUGAGAUGGAACCGUUCAUCAAAGUCAAUUUGAGUUUAUCGAGACUAGAUAAAUUUCGCGGUGAUAACAGUGAGAUCGUUAAAAUAUUCUUACAGAAAUUGAAAGCACAUCUCAUGAUCACUCUCUCCCAUGAUACUAUCUAUACGUUGGGCGGUAUAGGACCGAACGGUACUUUUGAAGGUUUGAUGGCCCCUCUGAGCGAGGGCAGGGUAGACAUUGCUAUGAACACGAGAACUUUGUUAACACUGUGGAAGGUCAGAUACACAUAUCCCCAUUCGAGAUCAGGCAUUUGCGUGAUAGCGCAACCAAAGAAACCAAUCUCCGAAUUCACGAAAAUAGUAACCUUUCUUUCGCCGGAAGUAAUGAUGGGAGUAAUCGCGAUAUGUCUGUUAAUUUACGUAAUUUUUAUGCAAAGCUUGGGAUACAUAGAGGCUGGGCUAGAAGUGAUAAGACUCAUGAUCUGCGUAGGAAUUUUACAUUUGCCUAAAAUCGAUUCCACUAGGAUCUUCAUAUGCAUGGCGUUGAUUUUGUUCCUGAACAUAAAUGCUCUCUUCCAAAGUCACUUGUCAUCCUUGCUCACCGUGCCGAUCUAUUAUCGCGAUAUCGACACCUUAACAAGUCUUAAGAAAGCCGGUUACACUUUUUAUGGACCGAGAUUCUUCAAAGACCUGAUUAGCGAUCCUGUCCUUAAAUCGCGCUACAAGUUGGUCUCGUAUGAGGAUUGCAAGGAGCACGUCGAGAAUUCGUCGACCGCCGUAUGUGUCGGUGACUGCUACCACUUGUACUACAGGAUCAAAGGUCAAGAUCUUAUUAGAUCAAAAAUGCUGUUUCCGAUGACACAAUCGUACGUCACCCGCGAAGAUUGGCCGCUGUACAAUCGUGUGAAUGACAUUAUACAGCAGAUGAUGCAGGCCGGCUUGAUUAAGAAAUCUCGAGAUGAUGUUCUUUUGGAGAUAAAACGCGAAAGAGGGAGAAGAACUUCAAAGAAGAAAAGCUUCAAUGUAAUGCUGCUGAAGCAGCUGGCAUUCAGUUUUUACUUUCUUGGAUUUGGAUACGCUUGUGCCAUUAUAAUCUUUGCGCUGGAGAUGGCAAUCGGUGGUUCUAUUCCCGUAUAUCAAAACUGGAAAGCGAUCGGAAAGAAAAAAAACAAGACUAUGAGGAAGAAAGAAGAAACUGGAACAAAUAAAAUCCUGAAGAUAUCAGCUUGCCAUUAAAAGAAAAUAAUUUAGCUUAGAAUUUACAAGAUUGAAUGAAUGAGAGACAUACCUAGUGACAAAAUAAAUAUGCAGAUAGUAAAAACUCUCACUACGUUUGCAAAAUACAUCACUCAGUUUCUCUCAUUCAAUUAUGGAGUGCCUAUAUUUUAAUGAUAGAGUAAUUUAAUAAGACAUUUAUAUUAUGCUAUCACAAUAUGAUAAUUGCGGCAGAAAAAUUAUUAAUA